AACGGUUGAAGAUUUGCUGCGGCCAGCAGCAGGAGCAGCAGCAGGAGCAGCAGGUGGAGCAGCAGCAGCAACAGGUGGAGCAGCAGCAGCAGCAGCAGCAGCAGCAAAUGAUAAGGAGGUGUUUGUUGCUGCUUCUCUCCCUGCUGCUUUGAAGCUGCUGGAGGACAAAUUUUUAGGCGUUUUAUCUCAGGUGUUUAUAAUAGUAUAUGCUGCUGCUCUAGCUCUGGAUAUCGUGCGGUGUAUGUACAUCACCAGAAUUGCUGCUAACUUCCCCUGCGACGUCUUCUUUCCUUCUAUACCCCCGCUGCAGCAGCAGCAGCAGCAGCAGCAGCAGCAGCAGCAGCAGCAGCAGCAACAGCAACAGCAGCAGCAGCAGCAGCAGAAGGAUUCAGGCUUGUGGGCCUGUUCAUCUGAGGGUUUUUCGCUGACUUACAUCAGCCAGUCGAUGUCUCACAACGAUAUACCUUUUGACUUCGUUAUCUUAGAAAGACAAACGAAGCAGCAGCAGCAGCAGCAGCAGCAGCAGCAGCAGCAGCUGAUGCUGCAGCAGGAGAAAACCGGAGCCUUUCGCGCUGCAGAGGUAUUGGAGGUGUUUGAGGCUAAAGAAGCAGCUCGCAAGCGUCAGCGUCAGCAGCAGCAGCAGCAGCAACAGCAGCAGCAGCAGCAGCAAGAGCUGCUGCUGCAGCAGCACGAGAGAGCAGUGCCGUCUUUGGUGGGGAGACAGCACGAGGAACUUCAAUAUUUAGAUUUAAUCGCAGAUGUACUCAACAACGGAGUGCAGCAAGAUGAUAGAACGGGGGUUGGUGUGCGCUCUGUGUUUGGGCGGAUGCUUCGAUUUUCUUUGGCUGAGACAUUUCCUCUCUUAACUACUAAACGAGUCUUUUGGAAGGGGGUUGUUGAGGAGCUGCUUUGGUUUAUUCGCGGUGACACAAACGCCAACAACCUCAGCAAGCUUGGAGUUAAGAUUUGGGAUUCGAACGCCACGCGCGAAUUCCUCGACAGUCGCGGGCUGACGCACAGGGAACAAGGAGACAUAGGCCCCGUCUACGGGUUUCAGUGGCGUCACUUUGGCGCGAAGUACACCGACAUGCAUGCAGACUACGCUGGCCAGGGUGUAGAUCAGCUAAAGGAAGAGAUUGAAGAUUUUACUGCAGACAGCUUCGAGCUGAUUGGUUAUAACCCGCACCCCACAAUUAAAAUGGAUAUGGCCGUCUAA